GCUUGCUGUUGAUCGAAAUACUCGGUAAAAUAUUGGUAAAAGAUUUGCUAAUGAUGCAGCCGAUGAAAUGUACGUUAUUGUUUACAUGUUACUUUGAAACUAACAGAAGUUCAAUUUUAACCAGUUUUACUGCAGCAGGAGUGCUGUAGUUGGAUCUCCCUGGUGUCCUGUUAACAACACAUGAAGCUGAGUAUUAUCAUUCCUGGUCUGUGUCCAUCCAAAAGAAAGAUGUUAUAAAGUGUACCAUGGAGACCGACAGGCUAUCAAAACCCCCUGAAGACAAAGUAACUUCAGUGAAAGGACUGACACAGACCUGGCAGAAAUGGUCUGAAGAUCACAAGGAUUAUCAGAAACACAAUCCAUUUACUAGUGAUGAGGUGAUGGCCUUUCGUCCCGUGUGGGGUCAGAAGUACUACGGCAAACCACCGGAGGGAUCUCACACUGAGCGCAGAGGGAUGGAGGCUCACUCCCACAUUGGCAGGGAGGUGACAGAGCUGUGCCAGAUUAUUAGAGAAAUUGGGCAAAGGCGAGGAGACGGGAGACGGGAAAUUGAGUUUGGCACGCUGUUUGCACAUUAUGUCUCAAUUUCGAACAAGCUGGUGGGAGUGCUGCUCCGGGCACGGAAACAAGGGCUUGUGCAAUUUGAGGGAGAGAUGCUGUGGCAAGGGAAAGACGAUCGAGUGCUUAUCUCACUGCUUCCAUAAGCAAUUAUUAAAAUACAAAUGAAUGAUAAAGAUUAAUCGCUUUUAAUUGUAUGGAGUGCAUUUGGAUCAGGCCAAUAUUCUUGGCUUUUCUCUUACUGAGUUCACAGUUGCAGCAAAACUACAAUUCUGUUCUGAUUGUGUGGACUUGACUCAGUGACACAUGCAUUAAGGGAGCAGUGUGUAAUCUUUAGAGUAUUCUGCAGUCUGCUCAGGAACUUGCAACUGCAGUGAAAACAUUUACACGAUUUCCCAGCUACCUUUAACCCCUCUGCUGAAAUAUUUAUGCCAGUAUUUGUCAGUUUCUGUUUAGGAUAAAAGAUGGAUUUUUUUUUUUUUUUUUUUUUUGCUGUCUUUGGACCAUGUUUUCAUGGCAGUUUUAAGGUAUCCAAGGUGUCUUGUGUAAUCUACACAUGAAUAUUUGCAUGGACUAAAAACUUAUUAAUUUGCCCAUAGAAUAUACUGAAUAUAAAGUGUUAAUAUAAUUUAUUAACACUUUAUGAAGCAGGUUUUACUGGAAACAAAGUAACAAAACAAACUAACUGUGUUUUCACAAUCGAAAGAAUGAUAUUAAAUUGAUGCACAGGAAAAUAAAUAUAAGAAACAGCUUUUCAGUUUGAGACCCAAUACAUUUAAAUUCACCUCUUUUACUUAAAGCUUUGUUAGCUUUGCCUUUUUUGUGUUUAAAUCAGCUGUGGCAUAUAUGCGGCUGGUAAUUUUCAGCUGAACAUAUACCCACAAGUAUGGAUGUUUAUAGCUUCCAAAUUUGCUGUAAAUUAAUUGGAAACGUAUAGGUUGGUUUGUUUGCUUAUGCAAACAUUUUAUGACGUUACUAAAAAGAAUGAUAAAUGAGGCCCAUUUACUUAACUGAAAUUCAUUAGAAUUAAAAUACCCAAUAAAAGAAUCACAUGCUACUAAAUCUAAAGAUAUUGUACUCGGCACAGUAUAGGAGUAUAGACGAAUUUUAUCCGGUUAUUUGGGCGGACAUAGCUACCUAAUGUUAUCUAGUUACCUACCUAAAAUCAUAUUUGCCAAGGACUGUUCAGUAAACAGAUUCUUGUGCACUCACCAGUUAAAAUAAAACUGUCCACUUAUCAGUCAAAAUAACUGUUAAUUAAAAUGUUCAUCCGCCAAAAAGUUUCAGACAGUUGCAAAUUUCCAGUCUGUCUGUGGAAAGAGUAAAAUAUUUAAUAUAUUAAUCUUAUUCUUUUGGCUUUUCCCUUCAGGGGUCGCCAGAGCGAAUCAUGUCUCUCCACUUCUCAUGUUCUGCAUCUUCAACACUUGCACCCACUAGCUUCAUAUCCUCAUUAAUUACAUCCAUAUACCUCUUCUUUGGCCUUCCUCUUUGCCUCCUGCCUGGCAGCUCCAUGUCCAACAUUCUCCUACCAAUAUACUCACUC